AUGCUGUCUGCUCCGGUAAAGUCCGCCAAGCGCAUCUCGUCGCUUUUUUCCCUGGGUUCCAACCGGGAUAGUUCGAUUCCGUCGUCGCCUGCAUCGCCGAACCUUCCGAAGCCCUCCCCCGACCAGCUACCGCAGGAUGUACGCCCGCAAAGCGUCUCCCAACCAAUCCGUGCAGUCUCGAACCCUCAGAGCGAUUACGCAGACGCUCGGACGCCCGUGUCCCCCAUCCCCAACGAUGGGUUUGAUCUGGACGAACCGCUGCAGCCACCCCCAUCUCUGUUGGCUGUGAACCAGGACCUGGCCAACAGCGCCUCCAAUUCGCCAGAUGGCAGACCCCAGAGCAGAGGUCGCGGACGAAGUGGGAGUCGACCCUCCAGUUCCGCCGGCCUGUUUGUGCCCGGCACGGGUCCUGAUUCGCGCCCGGGAACCCCCUCCUCGAAGAGAAGAAGCUGGAUGCCCGGGCGGGCGCGGGCAAGCUCGGUAGAUCCCCGACCUCAUACUACGACGACGGCGGGGCCCGGUGCUUGGAUUGCCGGGCUGGAACAGAAGAUCCUCUACGAUCUGGAGCCUUUGGCACGCGGAGACCAGAUCCCCGAACUCUGGAACGACAGUGGUGAUACCUACGUCUAUUUGUUCCCUCAGAACACCGGCAGAGCUGCCUCCUUCAAAGUCCAUCGCACAGUCUUUGUUGAGUCGCCGUCCCUACGCGAUUUGGCCAUGGGCGGCAACCUCAAUUCCCUCGAGCAACAGACUCGCUCCAUGUCGCUAAGCAGCCCGGUGAUUGGUCCAGCUUCACCUCCAUUGACACCUCAGGAUGCGUUGGCCGAGAAUGACAAUGACAACGAUAGCUCCGGUAGCAGGAGAAUGGCCUACAUGGAGGAUGACGGCCAAGAUGAGUUUCAGGAGUUCCACCUCUAUCUUCCAAUCCCCUUGAACAGCGAUGUAUCCAGCGCCGGCAGUCAAAUCUCCCAGGAAGACACAGAAACUCUCCUUCUUUUCCGCAACCUUUUCGCGUUCUUGUUGGGUCAAUCUCUGAUCGCGACAGCCCGGUCACCCUCGCUCUUUUCCAUCUUCAUGGACGUCGCAACCCUGCUGUCUCGAUUCGAGUUCUCCAACUUCGAUGGCUCCAACUUCGGCGAGACCGCGACCACCAGUUUCGGCAACUACUGCGAGGAAUUGAGAUUGGCCGAUGUGCGCAAGAGCCGCGAGAAGACCAUCGAGGCUAUUGUUCUUGGAGAACGACUACGCUUCUUCCCGCUCUACCUUGAAGGUUUUGUGCAUGGCGUCGGUAAGCUGGACGAACUGAAGCAGCUGAGAAGUCCAAAAUACGGUCUCAUUAGCCCGGUCACCCAGAAGCGGCUGGAACGAGGCUUCAUUGACCUCGACACUCGUCUCCGCGUCUUGUACAGUAAGCUCGACGACUUCGACUUCCCCUCGGUAUUCUCUGGUAUUGCCAACUCGGCUACAUCCGCCGAAAGUAAGGUUGUGCGGUUCAAGAACUGGCGGGUUGCAUUUAUGGAGUUCCGACGAUUCACUAUGCAGUACUACCGGCAAAAGUACGGUUCUUGGCCGCCCAAAGCACGGUCGAAGAAGAACCAGUUCGAAGAGAGCGGUCUCAAUCGCCAGGUUGUCAACGACCUAUACAACGAUUUUGCCAGCCUCUACGAUAUGCUGGUCGAUCGGGAGUCUCUGACCACUCGGACCGUGGAUAUGGCUGCAGACACGUCCGAGAGCUCGGAUGCUGAUGAGAUGAUGACUCGGGCACUCCGGCAAAUCAUGAGCGAGUACGAUCGGAGCACGCCUCCAGUCCAGCCACCGAUUCCUUUCGACAUUCCCCAAUACCCCUCACUGCAAGCACUGGAGCGAAAGCCCAUGGAUGCUAAGAAGGAGGCCAAGAAGAAGGCCAAGAAACUCAAGGAUGCAGACAUCAACGCGGUUCUCAUGGACUCGUAUUCCCGGGAGGCCAUGAAGCCCACGCCGUUUAUUGAAGCCUUUAUGCAGUUUGAGCGCCGGUGCGCUCACGGCAAGAACGUCAACGACAUGAUCGACUUUCGGUGUGGUCAAUGGAUCUUCCUCUACUGUGUCAUCCAGUCCCUGCCCCUGGUCGUGGUCGAUGUACAGGACGUCAAGUAUGUGGAUGGCGUGGAGUACUUCCUCUGCAUUGCCCCUCGUGGUGGCGCGCCCUGGAUUCAAAACGACAGCAAGACCGCACGCAGUUGGUUUGGUGUCGCAGGCGGAGCCGGUGUUGUCAGCCUGCCCUCAGAUGUGGUGAUCAACGGUGUGGAGGGUAUCUACCGCCGCAGUCACUGCUGGCAGGUGGCUGAGCAGUGGGCGGAGAAGGAUGCCAUUCUGGCUCCUCCGACGAUUGAUGAUCCUUAUGACAACGAGUCAUCGUUGUCAUCGCCCUAUCAGGCGCAACAGUCGUCGGCGGAUUCGUCCGAGCAGCAGCAACUGCAACUGCAACAGGGGCAAGGAACUCCACUCAUGUCCCCCAGCGGUCUCACGCCGCCGCCUGCCAUCCCUCGACUCAACUCGCCUGCCAUGAGUCGGAGAGCGGAGCAUCGACACUCGAUUUACCCCGGUCUUGAGGCCCUUCCUCUACCCGCCGGUGUAGCGCCGAUGGAUCCCCCUGCCCGGCCCAUCAGCCGGUUCAACCCGAAUAUGAGCUUCGAUGACAUUCUGAAGCAAGUGCCUAACCAGCAAAAGAAGAAAUAA